AUGGCAUGGCGGGAUGUUGAGGUGUGGCGAAGACAGCGACCGUACGUGAACGCGGAGAUUCGGAAGGAUGCGCCGGACCAUUUGGCUCGUCUUGGUCUCGCCACAAGCUUUGUGUUUGUGGUGGGCAUGGCGGAGGGCGCUACAGUCUCUGCCCUCAAGGGUGACCUCAAGUUUCCCACCAGGUACGCUAUUUACAACACCAUCCCUAGCUUCGUCGGAGGCAAGGUGCCGGCUUCCAGCGUGGCUUCUGCCAUGGCGACCCCGCCGCCCGUUCGAGCGUGUCCGAGGGCAGCGGCGCACGCGGCCAACUUGCGGGCCUUGCGAACCGCGGUUGCGGGGUAUACGGUGCUCAGCGUUGUGUUCCAGGUAGCACUAGCAGGAGGCAGGGGAAUGGAAGCCUAUCAGCAGGCCGUCGCCGAUGGACUCGAAGUACCAAGUUGGUCUGCCUCUGGCUUUGGCGACGGAAGCGCGGGAGGCGUGGUCCGGUUGUGCGGGGCUAGGGGUUUAGAGCCAGCGUUAGUAGCGCCGAUGGCUGGGCGUGGGGGUUACCGGACACCCAUCCUCCCGGUGGUCGUUUCGGGCGGGGGUUUCGGACACCGGAGCGGGGGCUGGAGGUCGAGCGACCCAGCGUCUUCUUUUCUCUCCGAGGGGGCACUUUCUGCCGUCGCCAAGGUCUCGCCGCGGCCGUGCUACUACCGAAUAGGCGGGGACCGUGUCUUCUGCCGGGAGGCGUGGCAGCCGGUGGUGUCGGCGCUGGCGGAGGCGGGAGCGACGUCCGACAGCCGAGAAAUAGUGCUAGUUAUGGAGGCGGACGCUGUGUCCUCCGACGCCCCUCAGACCCUCAUGUCGCCGCCUCGCGAGGUUAAGGGUGGAGAGGGGAGGCUGGGAGAGGAUCAGGCGGUGUGGGGGUUGGCCAUGCUGCGAAGAGCUCUCGAGGAGAGGAGAAGAGAGCGGGGGGCCGGGAGGCUGGCGAGCGUCCUCCUGGCGGAGAGGCGCCUGGUCUGUGCCGAGGGGUCCACUACGACGACGGUAAGCAUAGACGCGCGGGCGGCGCUGCUGCUGUCGGUGCUGUCUUGGGCCGAGCAGUGCCACGGGGACGACGACGCCCUUGCGGACGAAGCAAACGCGUCGCCAGGCAAUAGCGGGUCAUCGGCAGACGGCGAACCCGCCGGUUUCGUAGCAGAACCAAUAGCCUUGGGUGAGGACCGUGACCCCGCAGGUUUGACAACGGCGGCAGCAGCUGCUGACAAGCUUGACACGACGGAGGGCUUCGUCGCCCCUGACGAGGAAUUGGGGGCUGAUACCGCUGCUGUUGCGGAGGAGGAGGAGGAAGAGGAGGAAGAGGAGGAUACCACGGGAGUAGAUGGAGACGCUACCGCCCGAGCAGACGAUGACGAGCAGGGCCCGUCAGCCAGCACAGCGGCGAGGGUGCUGGUCGUGCUCGAGGGGGUUGGACGCGGUGUCAGGGUCGCCGCCGCACGGCUCGGACAGGUCAGGUCCACGAUGGGUCGCUCGCUGGGCGCGGUCUCGGCCUGGCUUGUGGAGAACGGGAGGAGGAGGCCCACCACCCCCGAUGCCGGAAUCAACCGGGUGUUGGUUUACGACACGGAUGACGACGAAUCUUUCCGGUGGCUGGCUGCGAAGAUGCUCAAGGUGGGCUGGGCUAUCGAGCGGCAGACGUCUGAGCGGCUGCGCAACGAGGCAGGUGUACCUGUUUUGGUGCACAGCUGCAGCGACGAGAAGACGCUUACGGCUGCUGCCGGUCACGUCGUCAAGGGCGCAAACGUGUGUGCUGUGGUACACAGCUGGGACUGUGGAGUGGAGGCAAGGCGUCUCUUGGUCGGAGCUCGAGAAACGGUACUGCCCGAUGAAGGGCGUGCCGCGCGCCAGCCAUGUGCGGAGGUGAUUUGCACCGCGGAAGUGGGAGAAGACUUAUUCCAGUUCGUGAGAUGGCAGCUUUUGUCAGGAGCCACAACCGAGCAGGUGCAGCAGGGGCUCGACGAUCUCUUCGGCGCGUUCUACGAAACUGAACGAGAGAAACGAUAG